AUUAUUUCUCUAAUACUUAAUUUUUAUUCCUUUAAAAUUGCUAAUGAUACUGACAUAUUAUCCGAAAACUAUCAAGUAAGCAUUCUCUAAUUCUUGCUUGCUAGAUGGAGUUAGUUUUAUUGCAUUCAAAUUUCUAUAGGCACAAUCAAGACACACUUGUUCAUCAUUUGUCUAAAUACUCCUUUGACACAGUCCAAUUUCUAUAUAGAAUUAAGCUUCUAAAUUAGAUAAUCUAUUUUUUUGUGUGUAUAUUUUUCCUAUUUGAUAAUGUUAAAAAAAAAACUUAUUACCUAGAUUGUAAUUGAAAAAUGAGGUUCAAUAACCCAAUUGUUCUAUAGUUGACUAAUAAGCUAUUUUCUUUGUCACCCUAAAAAAUUUAUUCCCUUAUCUAAAGUAAACAUUACUCGAAUUUAUAAUUGAAGAAUAAGAUGAAAUACAAGUUUACUGCAUUGUCCUUAUUUAAUACUCCAUUUUAUUGAUUUGGGGUAGACUAGAAAUACUACAAGCAAGGAAGAAAAUAGAAUUAAUUUUUCUUAUAAGCCGUAAGUAGUAAAAUAAAAUCCGUAUCAUAAAGGUAAAAGGUAGAAACAUAAAAACCGCUAGGUUGACCUAAGAUUCUCUCUUAAUGGGUAUAAAAGAGUGAAAAUGCAAGAUUUUGCUAUGUAAGGGUAACAAAAUGCCUUUUAUCACAUGUACACUAGGACAUUGCAAAAACCCCAAGCAAAGAAGACAUGCACAAGUUUUUGAAGAACUUUGUAACACCUCUUGUGGCGUUACUAGUAGUCUUAUUUCCAAUCUCCUACACUCCCGUCUCGUUUGCCACCAUCGACACACCUCGAGGGGCGGCCUUGUUCCGAAAGGCGUGCAUCGGAUGUCAUGAUGCCGGCGGGAACAUAAUCCAGCCAAAUGCAACCUUAUUUUCUAAGGAUCUUCAAAGAAAUGAGGUUGACACUGAGGAAGAACUAUAUAACAUUACCUACAAUGGCAAAGGAAGAAUGCCUGGAUUUGGUGAAAAAUGCAUGCCAAGGGGUCAAUGCACAUUUGGGCCACGUUUACUAGAUGAAGAAAUCAGGCUUUUGGCCCAGUUUGUAAAGUUACAGGCUGAUAAUGGCUGGCCCAAUAUUGAUAUUUACGGUCCAUAAUUAGAAUUAUUCUUUUGAGAAACUGUCUCUCGGCGAGAUGAUCUUAAAUAAGGAGUUUAUAUUUUCAUAAUAUAUAUUAUAUGAAUUAUAAGGUGCGUCUCUUAGUGAGACCGUCUGAUACAACAAUCUUUGCAAUAAUUAAUAUUGUAUUACAAUUUUAACUUACAUUUUUAAAAUUGUCAUUCACAUAUUUGUUCUUUCUACUAUUUUUAUUUUUUUUUUCAUAUUGAUCAUCAUAAAUAUACAAAUCAAUCAUGAUAUCUCCAUGUUAAAGGGCAGUUUUUAAAAAUCAGAUCUUUUAUUUAUUUACGAAAAAUUCGACCGUUACAUUAUUUUUUUCUUUUAAAAGACCGUGAAUUAUGAUUAUUAGGAAAUAGUUGUAAAAUCAAUGAGCUGAAAUUGUAAAAUACUUCAAGGGUUAGUAAAUAAAUGUUAUUUAAAACAUUUAAUAAGAUUUAUAUGAUAUAUAAUAAUGUUUUUUGAAAUUUAUGAAAUAUAAUUUUGAAAAAAAAAAUGCAGGCAUCAUUGUUGGGAGAAGCUAUAACAGGAAAGGGAAUAUUGGCACAACUAAA